AAUUCACUGAUGAUCAGAAUAAUUCUUCAGAUGAUUUACCUGAAGCUAAGGUAAGUAUAUCUAUUGAUCAAGAUGAGUCAAAGACUCGAAGCUCUACUUUCUCGGAAUUACCAGAAGCUAAGGUAAAUGCAUCUACUGAAGAAACCAAGUCUCGAGUCUCUGAUUCAUCUAUUUUUGCUAAUUCAGAAACUGAG